CGCCGCAUAUAUAGAUAUACUUCCACCUUAACACUUUCACAACCGCUGACACCAAUGUGGUGUCAUGGGCAGGCCAGUCGUUGUAUGCCGGUGACACUCAUGUGGUGUCAUUGGUAGGCCAGUCGUUAUUUGCCGGUGACACUCACGUGGUACCAUUGAUAGGCCAGUCGCUAUUUGCCGGUGACUCCCACGUGGUACCAGUGGCAAGCCACUUGCAAAACUUUUCUUAGCACGUCAUAAUAAUGUUAAUUGUUUCAUGAAUUUACGUAAAGUUUUUUCUUCCAAAAUAUUGCCGGCGACGUUUCACUGCGCUAACAUGCGGUUGUGAAAGUGUUAAGUAGGCGGGAGAGGGAUAAGUGCAACAAGAAAAACAAAGCAGACAGCAGACAGUAGCUUUAAGGGGCAAAGCGGUAAUACUAACUACACGUUAGUAUCAUACAUUUUAAAAUAAAAGUUCAAUAAUACACAUGCAGGAUGCCUAUAACUUGCAUAGUUUGCAAGAAGUUCCACAUUCCUGGUAACUCUACUAGUUUUCACAAGUUUCCAAGUGACAAUAUACAAAGACAAAAAUGGAUGUCUGUAUUUGGACUUUUAUCCAUCACAAAAAGUGCUACAAUAUGUAAUGAUCAUUUUAAUGAUGACGCAUUUCAUCAAACAGAUGGCUAUACAAGAGUCAGACGAUUGGUGCCAGGUACUAUUCCUGUGAACAAGUCAGUGGAUUCCAUCAAAACAAAUAUUAAAGUGGAGAAUAACACAACAAUUUGUAAUACAAGGACCAACUUAAACUUAGAAAAGUCUGAGUGUGUAAAUAUGCAAGUUGAGGAAAAUCUAAAAGAAAUUGGAACUGAACUCGAUUCUUCUUCAUUGUUGAUGGUACACAAAGAAGUUGAACAAAUCAAAGAAACAGUGUCUGAUUUAAAUGCAUCCAUAUCUUCACACGCUGAUGUUGAAGACCAAGACAGUAAUAGAAAACGUUCAGCAAAUGAUGUUAUUGAAGACAUUCCUGUGAAAAAAAAAGAUUGAAAGACAGUUCGAGCUUAGAAUGUUCAAAAACAAAAAUAAGAUUCAUGGAUGGAUAUGUGACAAAAUAUUUGUGCAGAAAAGACUUUAUAUCAAACGAAGCGUGGCAGCGAUUUUUGAGUUAUAAAGUCUGCCAAGAACAUCAUAUUGAAGCUCUCCAAAAAAAAAAAUCAAGAGUCGAGAAAAAAAUACUUAAUUUACGGGAGAUGAUAUCAAGUUUAAACAAAGAAAUUAAGUCUGCUGCAGAAUUCAUGAAGGUUUUUUAAAUUUCUUUUUAUACCAGCUGUGGAAGACACGAUAAACUGUAUUAUCGAACAUUGCUCACCUUUCCUUUACAGUAUAAUUAUAAGCAUUACAUACAUAUGAUCAUGAAAAUUAGAUUUUUUCUCAUACAUAGUAUAAUUAUUGUACAUUUUUUACACUUUAUACAUUAUGUUACUCGUAUAUGCGGUGUCGCCGCAGCCAAUCAGAAGAAUGUGCGAGAGAGAGAGAAGAGGUCAAAUUCACCUUCUUUCUCUUUCUAUUCAGCCGACGCCUUUUCAGUCGACUCCCCUCCUCUAUCUAUAAUACCUCUAUGGGUGUAUGACGGAAAAGGUGAACACUUCUAGAAUUCGAUAUAAUAGCACAUCCGGAAGAUGUCCUUUCAGUAGCUCAAAGGUAGAUAAUAAUGCAAAGGCUUCAAUGUCGAUAAUUAAACAGAGAUUGACAUUCUUAACAAUGUAAGAAUUAUUAAAUUCAAAAAAACAAGAAUAUCUGGCAGAAUCUGAAUUAGUUUUAGAUCCAUCGGUAUAGAUCAAAUAAAAAUUUUUAUAGGUAACAAUCAAAUCAUCAAAAAUCUUAUUGGCAUGAAAAUGAACAUUUUUAAGCGUAAAGAAAUAGAUGUAUUGAACGCCAUCCUUAACAGUAAUAGGAAAGAACGAAUGAUCUUAGAGUGUAGCCGAACAACAGCUCCGCGACCUGUCUUGAAAUCCACCGAAAAAGGGAAAAAUCUAAUUUCGAACAUGUUCUCCAGGGAAUCAAGAGGAUCGGAAUUAAAAAGCUUCAGAGAAUAUUUCAAUAGAUAAAUCGUCAAUUUAGUAAAGCGAAAGAUUUAAGUUAAAUAUAUAUUUAUAAAUGUAAAUAUCUUUCUUAUCUGUGUUUUUUUAUAUAUAUUUUUUCAACA